UCACCACGCGGUUGUCGACGGUGUCGCACGGCAGUGAACCCGGUGCAAUUUAUUUUUGAACUCAAACCAUGGCGCUGAGAAAUAUUGCUUGAAUUUUUGCCCAUAGGACCGCGUGACUUGUCCGAUUUCAUUUCUUCGGUGAAGGGUUCGAGUGAAUAUGUGCAGGCUUUGAAGGCUUCCGGGGCAAACCGGAUGUUGAGUGUUCGCCAUUCCGUCGACGUUUAAACAGCAAUCACGAAGAGCCAAUGUCCGAUUCGUCCCAAUCUAGAGGUAACCGUUGUCUUCUCAAGCCGUGAGAAGCGUCUUCGUCUCCGGUCCUCAUCUCGCCCCGAAGAUCCUGACCUCCGGUUCUACCUUGGUGAUCGAAGCGACGAGUGUUAGGACUGCGUUUUCUCCGGUACCAUCCGGGAAAGAAAGAUCCAAAUUCAACCGCAAAACCGGUGUCUGUCAUUCCACGCCAAAGUGCAGUGCCUGUGGUCUUGAUACUGUCGUCAGUUGGGUAAGGAGACAGAGACUUUUUUGAAUCUUGUGGAUCUUGCCGUGAUCAUUCCACGUCUGAGGGUAAAAUGUUCGUCGAAAAUAACCGACUGGCCAUCGCUUUUGCACUGGUGGUUUGCUUGCUGGCAGCGUUAUUGCAGUUAUCGGACUGCCGGCCGCACAUUCGUCAUCACCGAGGCGAUUCUCGGUGCAGACGUUGCGAGCCAGGAUGGGGGAUGACGUCGCGAUGCUCGAAGGGCCGAGACACGGAAUGUGGAAAAUGCACGAAGGGCACUUACAGCCCUCACCACAGCGUCCACCCCUGCUGGAUAUGCUCGAGAUGCGGUCCAGGACUCUACGAGGCUCAUCCUUGCACGAGCCGCGCCGACACGGUCUGCGACUCUUGUCACCGGGGUCCGGACGAGGCCUCGGAGAACCCCGACUUCCGCCGGAAGUGCAAGGGCCUCAACUUCUUCCUGGCUCCCGAGGACGCCGCCAACACCGGGGAACAGAGCGUCCUGGUUAACGAGCCCGAGGAGAGGUUCGACAUGGAUGGCAGGGAAAUUAUACUCCGAGAGGACGUCGAGGCUGCCGCCGGUGCUCAAUUGCGGAAUAUCAAUUAUUGACGGAACAAUUCGGCUUUUCACCGAUAAGAAUUACUCCGAGAUUCUUGGGCGACAUAUCGAGAUUUGAAAGAUAAAAGUAAAACCUUUCGGUGGCUCGAUAAUCGGAUUUGAUUGAGAGCUUGCUGCUGAGUGAGAAACUCGGCGUUUUUGAUAAAAAAAAAAAAAAAAGAAAAAGAAAAAGAAAAACAAAAAGCGUGUACGUCGUAGCGUUACGUGACAUAUAUACCAAAUACAAUUUAUAAUAUUAUCAAAUAUGCGAGAACAGAUCGUCGGUGCUAUAAUAGAGUAUAAAAUCGCGAGUUUGAAGAAUCAUAUUAUCUUCCCUCCGAUGUUUCACGAUCAGUUUUAAAUUAUUCGCAACAACAACAACAAGAACAAACAACACAAGUAAUACCUGCAGCGAACUGAAUCUUGUAACUAUGCAGACGUUUCGUUAUUACAGGAUCACUUUUUGUCUACAAUUUUUGAUUUUAACCCUUUACUGGAAUAAGAAAUAAGUACGAAAAAAGAUACGAAGAGCAAAGAACGUGGAUUUUAUUUCGUACGUAAAACUAGUCAAUAAUAUAACGUUAGAUAAGUAUGGUUCAAGCCGCGAUAGCAUUUUUUUUUUUUUUUCUCUAUUCUUUAUUCUUCUAUCAUUAUGUUUCUCUUUUUCUUCACUACAAUCAUUUCGAUUCGGAGCAUACCGAAUAUAACGAGUAAUAACGGAAUCUUGAGAGGAAUGAACGACGACAAGCAUUAAACAGCAGUGUACAUGUUUAUUUAAUUAUUGAUUACACUUUACGGUUAAGGUGAUAAUAAUGUUUAUAUUAUAUAUACAUAUACGUGAAUGUAUAUCGUAUAUACGAUACGAAAUAUAGCACACGAUACUGGCUGUACGUUCAUAUAACAAUAUUAUACUCAAUCAGUGUUUCUCUCAACUUAUGUCUGCAUUUGUGUGUGUGUGUCUAUAAUUGAUGGUUCCUACGAUACUAUAAAUAAUUUCCAACUAAGCUACAUAAUGCAUACGCGUAUGUAUAUUACAUACUCAUUUUUAUAGUAAAUAAUAUUCUACAAUUUACCCAUUAUUCGCAAAUUAGUUACUUUUUUUCUUCCAAUCGUGUGUACAGAAACAUGCCAUAUAGCUCCCGAUUAUACAUACAAAUAAUAUUUAUCUACAUUCAAAGGAGACGUUGUUUACCUAGAUAAAACAACGUUCUAGGCUCCUAGAGGUACAUAUAUAGAGGUAUUUUAGGGGCAGCACACUGUCGCAGUUAUAAUAUUUAUAAUAGUAAUUAGCUGGCAGGUUUCACGUAACUGAUUAUAGAGGAAUGCUAUGAAAUGAAUGCUGCGCAAAAGCUGUAUUAGGUUGAUUUGCACACAUAUUAACGAGUGCAAAAAUGUAUUGUAAUAAUGUCGAGUACAUGUACAAAAUCGAUGACGUUGUGUUUUUUUUUUUUUGCCGUUUCUUCGUUUUCACCAACGGUUUUGAAGAAAAUCUACAACCGAAUAACGCAUAUGCAAAUUAAUUUGCAACGAUUCAGCGUAUCGGGUCGGAAAUAUUCGUCAACUGUCUAAAGAGUAAGGAUACAUGAUUUUCUCUAACUAUAGAUUGACAAGCGAGAAUUCAAA